CAACAAUGAACAAAUGUAGAAGUUGUCACUUCAGGAGACAGUGAGGGCAGGGACCUGUGUUGUUCCCCACUGUAACCGCAGCACACAGACGAGUUCAGCAAGUACCCGGCAGACCUCUGCGUUAUGACCCGGCUGCUGGGCUACGUGGACCCCUCGGAUCCCCGCUUCGUGGCUGCCAUCCUCACCAUCACUUUCAAUCCGCUCUUCUGGAAUGUGGUUGCGAGAUGGGAACAGAAAACCCGCAAGCUGAGCAGGGCCUUCCGAUCCCCCUACCUGGCCUGCUACUCCCUGGGCGCUGUCAUUUUGCUCCUGAACGUUCUGCGCUCCCACUGCUUCACACAGGCCAUGCUGAGCCAGCCCAAGAUGGAGAGCCUGGAUAACCCCACGGCCUACCGCAUGGGCCUCGUGCUCCUGGGAGUGGGCAGCACGUUUGUGCUCUCCAGCUUCUUCGCACUGGGCUUCACUGGGACCUUCCUAGGCGAUUACUUCGGGAUCCUCAAGGAGGCAAGGGUGACCACAUUCCCAUUCAACGUCCUGGACAACCCCAUGUACUGGGGCAGCACGGCCAAUUACCUGGGUUGGGCUGUCAUGCACGCCAGCCCCACCGGCCUGCUGCUGACCGCGGUUGUGGCCCUCGUCUACAUGGUCGCCAUCCUGUACGAGGAGCCCUUCACCACGCAGAUCUACCAGCAGAAAGCCUCCCCGUCCCACAAGAGGAGCUGACCGGGCCUUCGGCCACGUCGCGGAGCGUCUGUCGCCUCCGGCCUGCCCCGAGUGCCAAGCCCUGCAGCGGGGAGACGGGCCCCGGCCGCUGCUCGGUGUUGGCGCCCGGCGAGGGCCACUCCAGUGCCUUGGAAACCUCUGCCUUGGGGGCCCUGGACAUGCUGUCGUCUGGCCACUGAGUCCCCCUGCCCUGCAGCCCUCAGUACAUCCUAACUCACCAAUAAAGGCACCCUGAC